CUAGUACUGCUUUGUCAGCAUCGAUGUAGUUAAGGUUAUUGCUUGACUAGUAGUUCUACUCAAAGUAAUUUGAUUCUGAUAAUUGUAAGUCUGUUAAAUCCUAAAAAUGGUUCUUGAAAGUACCAUGAUUUGUGUGGAUAACAGUGAUUUUAUGAGAAAUGGCGAUUUCUUACCAACUAGGCUUCAAGCCCAGCAAGACGCUGUCAAUUUAGUAUGCCAUUCUAAAACCAGGUCCAAUCCAGAGAACAAUGUUGGUCUCCUUACUUUAGCUAAUGUUGAAGUUCUAGUAACAUUGACUACGGAUGUUGGGAGAAUUCUUUCUAAGUUGCACCAGGUUUCUCCUAAUGGAAAUAUCAAUCUCCUUACCGGAAUACGUAUUGCUCAUCUUGCUUUAAAGCAUAGACAAGGAAAAAAUCAUAAAAUGCGGAUUGUUGCCUUUGUGGGGAGCCCUAUUGGUCUUGAUGACAAGGAGUUAGUAAAACUAGCUAAAAGGUUAAAAAAGGAAAAAGUUAAUGUUGAUGUUGUAAGCUUUGGAGAGGAGGUUGCAAAUAAUGAGCUCCUUACUUCAUUUAUAAAUACACUAAAUGGUAAGGAAGGAGGAAGUAGUCAUCUCGUAACAGUACCACCUGGACCUCAUUUAUCAGAUGCUCUUAUAUCCUCUCCUGUUAUUCAGGGAGAAGAUGGAAUGGGUGGUGCAGGUCUUGGAGGAGCUGGUUUUGAAUUUGGUGUAGAUCCUAAUGAGGAUCCUGAGUUAGCUUUAGCUCUUAGAGUCUCAAUGGAAGAACAACGACAGCGGCAGGAUGCCAUGAAUGCUGCUGCUAAUGUAGAAUCACAGCCAGUAAAGGCUGAACCCUCAGAAGAAAGUGGUGAACGAGCAAUGCUGGAACGUGCUCUUGCCAUGUCUCUUGAUGCGCCACAGCAUGAUUUCUCCAACAUGACUGAAGAUGAGCAAAUAGCUUUUGCAAUGCAGAUGUCCAUGCAGGAUUCACAGGAGCCGUCUGCUUCCACUGAUCAGGAAAAAAAAGAUGAAGAAAAGAAGGAAACUGCCAUGGAAGUUGAAGAUUACACUGAAAUGAUGACAGAUCCAGCAUUUCUACAGAGUGUUCUUGAAAAUUUGCCAGGUGUUGACCCACAGAGUGAGGCUGUUAAGCAGGCUCUUACAAAAGAUACUAAUUCUUCAGAUAAAGACAAAGAAAAGGAUAAAUAGAAAAAGUGAAUUUAAGAAAAACGUUUGUGUGCUUAAGCACAAAUACAAAAUUUGCGAACUUAUCUCAGAAUAUUGAAAUAAAAGCUAUGUACUCCUUUGAAAUUUAUAUUUGAAUUAUUUAGUAGAGAUAAAAAAUAUUUACUCUGCUUCACUAUUUAGUUAAUUAGAAUUAUCUAUUCUAACAUUUUUCACUCAAUUUGUAAUUAAUCUAAAAUUGUUUAAAUUAAUUAUUUUCUUCAGUUUUUAAAUCUUAAAAUGAUUCUUUUUUUUUUUUUUUUUUU